UGGAGACUUUUAAAUACAUAAAAGCCCGAGCGCCCGGGUUGUUUACUUGUCUUUUAUUUGUUUAUCCCAGAAGUUGCAAGAACUGAUCAGUUUUGAGUGAUAUUUACAGCGAUCCAACAUGAAAUUGGAAAUUGCUUUAUUGCUUUUAGCUGUCACAGUUUGUGUCAAAGGUGGCUUCCUGCAGGGCAGGUCAGGGUACGACUGUAGAAGACGUUGUGGAUACGACAGACGAUAUGUUUGUUCUACUGAUGGUACAACCUACGACAAUGAGUGUAUGAUGAAAUGCAACUGGGCCUACAAGUCCUGUGACGGCCGUUGCCCUUGCUACAGAUCUUCCGCACCCGUUGUGUAUCGACCUAAACCGGCGGUUGUCUACAAACCAAGGCCAGUUGUGAACUACGAACCUGCCUCAGUCAACUACGAACCGGCCUCAGUCAACUACGAACCGGCCGCGGUGGACUAUCCGAGUGUUCCUGAUUACGAACCGAUACCAGUGUAUAAUGAGCCAGCACCGGUAUAUUAUGAUGUUCCAGUCCAGAGCGACUGUGUGUGUAGUAAGGAUAAGGACUACGUGUGUACAUACGAUGGUGAAACAUAUGAUAAUGAAUGUGAGGCAAACUGCGACGGAAAAGCAAAGAUGUGUGACGGCCAAUGUCCAUGCUCGAAGUAGGAGGGUUCAUUGAUUAUAUCGGUUUCAUUGUAAUAUACAAACGAACACGUGUGUCAAUCAUGGUGUAUAGUAAAGAAUUGACAAGUUAGGAGAAUUGUUCAGAUAAUUGGGAAAAAAACAAAGAAAUAUAAAACACAUGUUUAAAAAUAUAUUUUACUGUUUUGCUUUUAUGUAAAUUUUGCAAAAGUCCAAUCUUACAAAAUAAAUAAAACUAUGGCCAUAAUAAAGUAUCUUCUGUAAACAAUG